GAGUCCUGACUCUACCGUACCAGUGAUGCAUCAGGCUUUACUUGUUCCCGAAGUUCUCCUAGAGAUAUUCGCCUAUGUGAAAACAUCAACCCAGAAAUUGUUUGCAGCGCUUGCAAGGACAUGCAAAAUCUUCCAUGAGCCUGCGAUGGAUUUGCUGUGGACUGAAAUCCAUGGGUUAGAACCACUGCUAGGCUGUGUAACAAGGUUGCAUCCACUGAUAUAUCGUAGGGGUACAAGGCUGGGCAAGCUUACUAUUUCCUGGGCGAAAGGCGUCGAGCCAUUAUCUGCCCAUGAGGCCCGUCAAUUUCUGCGUCACUCCUCCCGUAUACGCACAUUGAACAUACGAAGUGCCCAUCCCCACCUUCUCUCUAUCAUUCCCGCCGAGGCAUGCGUAUUUCCGAGGCUGAGGUCGUUAAGCCUUUCAACUGCAUAUUUGAACCUCUUUCUGCCUCACACGUUUCACCAAUCUCAUCUAUUGACUGUCGACGAGGGUCUGAAAUCCUUCGUGACACGUUGCAUUGCUUUGGAGCAUUUGUACAUCUACGCUGACCACUAUUAUGACAGCACAAGUCAGCGGUCCCUGCUAUCCGAUAGGAUUCGUUGGUGCACGCGGCUUGUAACUCUGUCUUGUCCAAUGCUCGACUUGGAAGCGUGGAAGCACCUCUCCUGCCUCCCUACUCUUCUCAAAUUGGAAAUUGAUCAAGGGUAUGAUGACCCUCCUACGCUGUCAGAACAAGAUAUCGUGAAUUUAUCACCAUUCCUCAAUAUCACAACUCUUUCCUUUCGACAGCUGUUCUAUGCUGUAGACAUCAUCAUGGUCAUGCAACACUCGCAAUUUCCCUCCCUGAAAGAGUUCAGGUUGGAAGCCGACCAUCUGUCUUCAGAAGAGGCCGAGGAACUCUUUCAUGCUCUGUCCCGCUGUAAAGCGUGUCGGACUCUCGAAGAAAUAACCAUUUGUUCUGAUGAGAGUCGCCUUGCACCGCUAAACAGCGAGCCUUUGACAUCAAUUCCACAUUUCCUUUGCUUUACACAGCUUCGAACCCUGCAGCUCAUGUUUUACAAUCCCUGCAUCUACCUGGACAAUGACAUUCUCUUGCAAGCUAUGUCUAGUUGGCCGCACAUCCGCACUCUGGCAAUCAACUACUUAGACGACCAUCUUUCUUCUUCUGAAGUCUCCCUCCGUGGAUUAUUCACAGCGCUCAGUCUAUGUCCAUAAUUGCAUACACUACGGAUUCCAAUCAAUAUUGCAACUAUCGACGUUGAUCC